GGAUGUAGUGUUUUUUUGUUUGAUGUUUUGAUAUUUUUUUUUCAUUCUCAUUUUAGUGUUUGUUGUUGGUCAGAAUGAUUGUUUUGUUUUGAGUUGUUAUCUUUAUCUAUAAGAAGGAAAUGUAAUUCGUUAACAUCCCGAAGUCGAUUGAAUUCUUGAAAAAUGGCUGGAAAGCGUCCAAGCCAGAAAGGCCCUCGCAAGGCCGUUUUAGAUGAUACUCUGUUAAUGUCGGCAGUGACAAAAUAUUUUAAGCUCGCUGGUGUUGUAUCUGCAGUCUGGCUUGUCGGUUAUUUUAAGUUUUCUGUUAGUUGGUUAUGGCUUCUCCUGGUUGUAUAUAUAUGGAAGGAAAGGCAUACGAAAACAAAACAGCAUAAAUUUGCAAUAUAUCAGCAGCUGGCUAUAGAUGAAAAAGCAGUCAUUUUGGCUCGAGUUGAAGAUUUACCAUCAUGGGUAAGCAGACUUUUUUUUUGUUUUUAAAACUAUAAUAGUAAUAAUUAAAUAAUACAUACAUUUUCUACUCAUAAAAGUAAAUGUUAAUAAAAGAGGUCAAUGGUUUCUAUUGCCUUCCCUGAAUGCUUGUAUGAGAUCUGCUGAUGAGAAGCAGAUUUAACACACUCCUCUCUCCCCUCGCCCUCAGGUUGAGGUCCAGGUACAGAUCAGAAAUAGUAUCACUUAAUCACUUAGUUAGUAGGUAGGCUACUUUGGUUAAAAAGAAAUCCUAUUCAAUCAAAUUAAAAAUAUUACAGUUGUAUAGAGUGAAUUUCAAAUAAAAAAUGAAAACAGAAUCAAAUUACUUAAAUAAUUACUAGCUUUAAUCAAAGUACUUUUUGAGCUAUGAAUUUUUAAAAUGCAAGUUCAUGUUAGGUAGUUCGGUAAGAUCCAGGAAGUGCCAAAAACCGGGUAUCGUGAUUUCGUUGUCAAAAUGGCAAACUCCACUUUUUAAAUUACAGAGAGUCACAUUGUUUACGACUUUUUAACUAUUUAUAGCCCAGCAUGUAAAUUCUAUUUCCACCCACAAUUUAGAGUAGACAUUUUGUGUUAUGAGUCCCCCAAAAAAUUUUGGGGCUUCACUUUGAAAAUUGAAGGUAAAAUAACGCAAUUUUUACUCAUUCAUAUUUUUUGUGUGGAAAGGAGCCUUUCUUUGAAUUUCAGGGACUUUAUUAAUAAUGGCAUUAACUACAACAUAUCCAAGACAUGCUAAUUUAGGCCCAUCAGUUUGGUCAUAAAUUUACUGGGAAAUUUUAAUCACGUGUGUCCCAAAAUUACCUAUUAUCGUUAAUAUUCGUUGCUAUGGUAAAUAACCUGAUUUACUCUGGAAAUCCAGCCUAUUACCCCCUAAUAACUCAUUUAAAAAUAAACAAAAAUAAUUUAUAAAACAAAUACAUAUUUUUAAUAUGAUUUGAUGCUUUUAUUGAGGGAUAUUAGGUUGAAAAAGCCUUAUUAAUUACAAUUUAUCGUUAACUAUUAAUUUUAUAUACUGGUAUAUGUAUACUAGUAACUAUAUGUAAUACAUAUACUAUAUAUACAUAUAUAUAUAAAUGUAUGAUGUAUAUAAGGAGGCCUAGAAUAGUAUUACUAUUAUAAGUGUAGGCCUAUCCCCCCCCUCCCCCCCCCCAAUAGUUAUUUGUAGGACCCAUUAUUCAUAUGUAAUGAUAUAUAUGGUGAUUCUUAAGGCAUAAAUUAAGUAAAAAUGUACAAAAAAAUAUUCACUUACCUUUGGUAUUGAAAUAUCCUAUAUUUAAUCACAUAUCACACUAUUCCAAAAGAGAAUUAUUAUAUAAUCCUAAGUAUUCUCAAAGAAAAAAACACACUUUCUGCCACAUUAAUCCAAGAAUUACAAGAGAUAUUACUAACAUUUAAUAAUAAAACAUUGUAAUUACCUCAAGGAAAUAACUAGAACUUAUUUAAAAUUCUAUCAACAGCCAAAGUUGAUUCUAACAAUAAAUGUUGAUCUGUGAAACAACUUUAUUAACUAAAAAUAAAUGACAUACUAUUUUUUGUCAUAUUCACACAUUCAUAUGGUAUGGGACUAAAAUACAUUAUAUAGAAGAUGGUAAAAUAAAAAGUGUAAUAGUCAAUUUUAACUUAUGGAAACAAAUAAUCCCUUUGUUAUUAGUAUAUACUUAUACAUUUUAAACAUUUCCACUGAAAAUUUGAAAUUAAUAUCUUAAGAAUAUUUUAUUAUUAUUAUGAUUUUUGGGAAAUGAAAAAAAACUAUUUAUACAUAAUUAAAUUACAAAUAAGUGACGAGUCAGCAUAUUUUAUAUAUUUUUAAAAGGAAAAAAAUUAAGAUUUUUUAAAUAAUUUUUGCGGAAUAUUAACAAAAACUAACUUAUAUUUUGUGGUUUUAUUUAGAAGUACUCUAAUUAAAAUAUGUUCCCUGUAAAUAUUAUAUUUUUGUCUCAUUUUAUAAUAAAGUUAUAGGCCUUUAAAAAACAGCAAUAUGAGGGUCACAAAAUGUGGAGGAAAAUCCCAUAGUAAAAAAAGUGCCUUUGAGGUCCCUACUAAAAAAUUCAUAACUUUUGAACCACUUGAGCUAGAAAGUUGAUCUUGGUGUUUUGGUGUUAAUGGAGAAGAUGCCUAGCUCAAUGAGGGAGUAGUGAUAAUAAUAUCUCCAACUACUGAAAAAGGCUGUCAUAGAAUGUCAGCCAAAUGGACACAGAAUCAUAAGUGACAAUCUUUGAAACAUUUAAGAAAGAUAUUUUAAAAAUAAUUUAUGAAAUACUGCAAAAAGUCAUCUCAACUUAAAUAGACUAUUAUUUUAAUGGGAGAAAUUAGUACAGAGAUUUGGGUUAAAAAAUGGGAAGUGAGAAAACCAUUGUUAAAGAAAUAUUUUAAAUAUGGGAAAAAAUUUUUGGAAGAAUCAUCAAAUAUAGAAAAAUCUAUGUCCAUCAAUUUUGACGAGUUAAUUAAGAAAUUGUUUGUACUAAUAGGAACAUACAAAUAUUGUACUCCUGGCUUUUUACUAGAUUUCAUUCCGUUUUUAACUUAUAAUUAAUUUAACUGCUGCAGUUGAUUGCAUUUCUUGAAAUAAUUGAAGCUUCAGUUCCAUAGAUUAACUAUGUUUAUUAUAGUAAACACACCAGCUUUUAAAGCUGCUUUAAACAUAGUGUAGACCCAAAAAUGAUUAAUUGAAACUAUUUUAAGUGAAACUAUGUGUUACAUUUGUCUUGAAAUACCGCCAACCAGGUGACCAUUUAAAUUACAUUUGUAGAUUUAAAAAAACAUUUUAUACAAAAAUUAUUUGUAUCCAUCUGUGACAGGUGAAUUUUCCAGACGUAGAGCGAGCAGAAUGGGUAAACAAGGUAAUCAUGUCAAAUAUUUUUAAUUAUAUUCAAAUUCAUUUUUAAAUAUUUUUAUAUAAGUAGUAUGGUACAGAAUUAGCCAGAAUAUCUGCCUCUAAUAUGGUAUCUAUAACUAGAUGUUAGAUUUAGAUAUUGAGUGGACAAAUGUUUAACUUUAUCACUUUUCCAUGUUGAGUAUCAUUUAGUUUAAAAGACCAUUAAGUUCAAAUAUAUAUUACAUGUAUUUCCCUAUGAUCUUUUUGAACUAAUUAUUUAAAAUAUAGUCAUUAUUCUUAAACACCUUUUUUUUAAACUUUGAUAAUUACUUUUUAAGUCUGUUAUAUAUUUUUUAACCUAUUUAAUUUAAAAUUGAGUCUUUCUCAGAUUUCCAUUUUGAAAGAGCUAUUUGCUUUACUUUUUAAAAAUUACAGAUGCUAAGCCAGAUGUGGCCGUACAUUGGGGAGUAUGUGGAAAUCAUUCUCAGAGAAAGUGUAGAACCAUCAAUUCGUUCGAGUUUACCAGCAGCCUUUCAGUCAUUCAAGUUCAGCAAAAUAGAUCUUGGCGAUAUUGUAUGUUUUCUUAUUAGUUUAUUUGAUAUCAUUUGUUCUUUUCUGAAAUGGAAAUCCAAUUUUAUGUUAGUUUAGUUGAUAGCAAAACAAAUUAAUUUCACUCAGGAAAUGUGUUGAAUAUUAACUAUUAAAAAAAAAGAUGUAAAGAUAGAUUUGGAUUCAAGACACAAAUUGUAAAUAUAUAUAAGAACAAUAUGAACCAGAAUCUGAAAGUAUUAUCAACUCUUUCGCUGCAGAAUUUUUAAAAAGAAAAAAUGUACAUUUUUUUUUUUUACUAGGCGCCAAAAUUAUAGAGACUUUGGGUUUAUUAAAAAAAUAUUUAAAUUAUUUAUUUAUUUUUUUGUUAAAAAAGCUUUAAACUAUGUAGUUAAAGUACGUAAAGUAACAGGAAAGAGACUUAAAAUGUGAAAAUAUGAAAUGAAAAACCCUUUUCCCCAAACAUUUUGAUGUAGGCGUAGAUCAUCUACAUACUCAAAAUCAUCUCAAACUGCUACAUUUGGAAUCAUAUGAUGGAUAUAAAUCUAAAUCAUCUUCAUUAUCAAUAAAAGUAGUAUGCGACAUUUCCAAAGCUUGUUGAGCUGUUAUUCGUCUAGGAAACAUACUCUACUCUCCCCACAAGUGCCUGGGGUAGCCAUAGCAACAGUAUUGAUAAACAAAAAAAAACAUCAAAGAAUAUUAAUAAAAUAAUACUUCAAUUAAUAACAAAUAAACCUUGCUUUCGCUCACAGACAAUAAAGAACUACACUUCUAUAUAAAAGUCUAAUUAAAAAAUAAGUCUUAAAAAGUUUAAACAAGAAGUAGCAAAGAAACAACCAUGAUAUUAAAACAACGCAUUGCAUUUGUCAGUGCUUUUUACUAUGGCUGAUGAAUGUAUUAUGUGUUGUGCUGCAGCGAAAGAGUUAAUGUGAACACUGCAUUCUCAAAAAUAUCUUAUCAACUUUAUUUUAAUUGUUGGAUUUUCUCUCCAUUUUCGGAACUAACAUAUAACAUUUCAUUUAGCCACCUCGGGUCGGUGGUGUGAAGGUCUACUCACAGCUGAAGAGAGAUGAAAUCUAUAUGGACCUUGAAUUAAAGUAGGUCAAAAGAUAUGGAAGCCACAGAUUGUUCUCAAUACUAUGCUCCAAUAAAUUAAAGCAUUCUAUUGCUCUGCUCUUUUCGCUAAUAACUAUACUAAAACACAUAGGACGAAAUGAUAUGUUCUAAAUAAAAAUUAAUGAAUCAAAUAUGACUGUUCCUAUUGUUGUAUCGUCCUAGAUUAGCAUGUUAUAACAGUUAUAUAUGCUGCACAAUUAAUUGACAAAAGUCUUGCUGCAGACUAACUUUAAGGAACAACGAAAAACUCAAGGAUUUUCAAGACUGAAAAAACAUAAGUGCAGUGGAUGAAAAAAAACACAUUUCCAUUUAUUUGGAUCAAUAAAAUUAUGUUAUCUUAGCUUAUAUACAAAUUUAUCUGCUUAAAAAGUUAAAAAAUGUAAUAUAAGUCAUGAGAAAACGUAAUUUAAGUGGGAAAAAAUUAACAAGCAUUAGAAAAUAUUUAAUUUCAUAAGAGGAUGUUAUAAAUAUUUUGGAGGGCAAUGAUUUAAUGCAGAGAACUUAAUAUUUAGAGUACCAUCUUCAGAACUUUUAAAGGCCCUAGGUUAAAAAAUUGAUGGAGCAGUGUCAAGUUCAAAAGCAAUGUAAUAUCUCCCUGUGCUGUAUGGAAAAAGUAUAUAACUUUAUGUUCCAGUGUCUAGUAUAAAAAAAACUUAUUAUACUCUGUCCCCAGCUACAGCAGUGACUGCAACAUAGCAGUUAACAUUAAAGGAAUAAAUGCAGGACUUAAAGAUCUCAUGGUAAAUAAAAAAAUGAAUCAUGAUUUAAAUUAGCAAUUGUGACACUCAAUAAAAGUAAUUAUUUUUUGUGAUAUGAAUUAAUACUGAGAUGUUUUUCUUCAAAAUGACUUUUUAAUUCUGAGUAUUCUCUGUAUUGCAGUAGAUAUUCUAUUUGAAAGAUAAAACAGCAAAUAUGAUUUGUUGAUAAAAAAAAAUCUUCUCUUGCUCAGCUUCACGGUACAUUACGAGUGGUAUUCAAGCCGUUGAUCAACAAAAUGCCUCUUAUUGGGGGAUUGUUGGUCUUCUUCCUGAAUAAUCCAGUAAGUAACUUUUGUCUACAUGCAUAUUUUGUUUAAUUCUUACAUGACUGUGUAUCCUGUUAAAAGCUCAUGGUUCACAACUUAAAAUAAAUUUUGCCUCCUGAAAUACUAUUUCACAAUAUUGUAAUAUUUUUUUUUCUGGAUCCAAAGCUGUGUGAAAUAAAAUACCACAAAAGAUAAAAAAUCCCAUUAAAUAUUAUUUUUACUGCACCGAUAAUGUAUUACUAUAAAUUAAUUUUUAAAACUUACUUUAAUGUAGAUACUCAUUCUAAAUGUAGAUACUCAUUCUAAAUGUAGAUACUCAUUCUAAAUGUAGAUACUCAUUCUAAAUGUAGAUACUCGUUCUAAAUGUAGAUACAAAUUCUAAAUGUAGAUACUCGUUCAAAAUGUAGAUACAAGUUCUAAAUGUAGAUACAAAUUCUAAAUGUAGAUACUCAUUCUAAAUGUAGAUACUCAUUCUAAAUGUAGAGACUCGUUCUAAAUGUAGAAACUCGUUCUAAAUGUAGAUACUCGUUCUAAAUGUAGAUACAAAUUCUAAAUGUAGAUACUCGUUCAAAAUGUAGAUACAAGUUCUAAAUGUAGAGACUCGUUCUAAAUGUAGAUACAAGUUCUAAAUGUAGAUACAAAUUCUAAAUGUAGAUACUCGUUCUAAAUGUAGAUGCAAGUUCUAAAUGUAGAUGCAAGUUCUAAAUGUAGAUACAAAUUCUAAAUGUAGAUACUCGUUCAAAAUGUAGAUACAAGUUCUAAAUGUAGAUACAAAUUCUAAAUGUAGAUACUCAUUCUAAAUGUAGAUACUCAUUCUAAAUGUAGAUGCAAGUUCUAAAUGUAGAUACAAAUUCUAAAUGUAGAUACUCGUUCAAAAUGUAGAUACCAGUUCUAAAUGGAGAUACAAAUUCUAAAUGUAGAUACUCAUUCUAAAUGUAGAUACUCAUUCUAAAUGUAGAUACUCUUUCUAAAUGUAGAUACUCGUUCUAAAUGUAGAUACUCGUUCUAAAGCCCGUUUCAUAAGCCAACCUGCCAUAGUUUUGAACAGGGCAAGCAGACCCCACAUAAAAUAUGCAAUUGUAAGCAACACUUGAACCAAAUAGUAUCUAAGAUGAGAUAUGGCUGGUGCAAUCUCGUACUGAUAUCUUUCUUUUUAUGCUGAAGCACAUGAAUUUAAAAUUAUUGUUAAAAUCAAUAAAUAUUUGUGAAACAUGACAUCAAAACUUCAUUUUAUUUCAAGAAAGUAAGGAGUAAUAAAAUAAUUAUGGUAAGUGCAGAAAAUUAUAAAAUAUCCUAUGACCCGCUAACAAGCUGACCACCCCAGUUAUUCCCCUGACAUAUUUUCUUUAAGUUGGUUUUAGAAUGAGUAUAUGUGAUAAUUAGGUUAAUUUUAUGGAAAAAGACAUGAAUUGAACUAUCCACUGAAUUAUCCAAUAAAUUACUCAUUUUUCAAAUUUGUCACCAAAAAUAUUUCAGGAACUUAAUUUUAAUCUCACGAGCCUGGCCAAUGCUUUGGAUCUACCGGGUCUGAGGUAAGUUAGCUGUAAUGCUGUUGAUUUUUUAAAAUAAUAAAUAUAGAAUAUUCAGAUCACACUGAUUGAUUCAACAGUGAUCUAUAUUGAAAAUUUAGACUAUUGAGCAGCAUUUAGUUACAAUUGAUUAUGUUGAUGUAAAUGGAUGUUCAGUUAGGGGGGGGGGGGGGGGGGGGCUACUCUAGUCUGUAAUGAAAGGUAGAUCUUACUGUGUUACAUGUGGAUACAUUUGAACAUGAAAUAGUCGCUUCUUUUAUUCGGUUCAUUGUGGUUUUAUUAAUUAAUUUGUUGGUUCUCAUUAUCUCUUAUUUGUGUAACACUUCAUCACAGGUGUGUUGUUUGUUUGUUUUUUAAUUUCUGUUCACAACCUUACCCUAUGUCAUUUUUGAACUCUCUAGUGAUAUGCUCCACUCAAUCAUUCAAGAGCAAAUAGCCAACUUUAUGGUACUGCCCAAUCGGUAUCCAAUCCAGCUGGCAGAGGGUUUGGAUCUCAACAAACUGCGCUACCCUCAACCUCAGGUACAUUUUUAUAUGUUAUUCACAUCUGACUAAGGUUGGGCCCAAUUAUUAUUGAAACUGAUGUUGGUCUUUUUGUUUACCUUAAUUUAUGGUGUUCUAUUGUUUCUCUCUCUCUUUUUUUUUUUUUAAAAUGAUUUUGAGCCAUGAAUGAAGCGAAGCUGCCCAUAAUGGUAUUCCAUUUGUACCUUUCCUCAAAGACACUCUUUAAGACGUGGCUAUCUAUCUUCUGUUUCCUAACUUUUUGUCCAUGUGUUUUCUAUUACAUUUAAAUAUUCAAAAUAUGAUUGGAGAAAAUAUUUAAACUGGUGUCUAAUGGCGAUAUAGAUGUUUCUCUGAAAAUUAGACAUUUACCGGCAUGUAUUUGCCUUAUUAUAUAUUCUUGAUGAAAAAGUUGACUUAUCUCAGAGUUUAAUCAAGCACUAAUAUUGAUAUUCUCAAUGGCCAUUUGAGAUUUCAUAUUUUAUUACCUUGCAGGGAGUUGUAAGAAUUAAAGUGCUUGAGGCAAAAGAGCUGAAGAAAGCAGAUAUAAGUCUUACAGGGAAAGGGAAAUCUGAUCCCUAUGUUGUUAUUAGAGGUAAAGUUUUGAUACAGUAAUAUUAAUCUUUUGAUGAUUCAUAUCGUAGCCCUAAAAUCCUUUUAUCUUUAAAGCAUAAUUGUAAAGCAGUUUCAAACGCUAUUUAAAAUUCUUUUACUAACGACACAGACCCAUUUUAAAGACAUAUAUUUAAAAGUAAUAUGUAUUUUUAAAAAGUAAUAAAAUCUGCGUGAUGAAAUAUAUAAUUUUUUAUUCAUGUAUAACUCUCAAGAUAUUUCAAAGAAAUCUACUUCUAUAACAAAUUCUCUAUCCUCCAAGAAAACCUUAGUUUUCAGGUUUUUGAUCCCUUGGGAUUCCAAAAGUGUGUCUUUCCUCUAGCACUUCUUACCUGUAUAUAAUGUUUACACUGGUUAUUGUAAUGAGAUCUUCCUCAGAGUAGUGUAUGGGAUUCUGCGGAACUAUUUCAUUGCUCAAAAUGUUUAGUCUGCAUAGAUAUUCAGUUCAAGUCUUUUUGUCUUCUUAUGAUCUAUUAGACUUGAGAUUUUUUUUUUAUAAGUUGUAUUUCCCCGUCAAUGUGAUCUGUUUGUUUUUCAGGAUGUUUUGAGUAAUCGGGGUUAUUUUUUUAUUUUAUUUCACUUGCAGUGGGUGCUAAAGAAGCCAGGACCAAAGUUAUUAAUAAUACAGUGACCCCAAUAUGGAACCAAUCAUUUGAGAUGAUUGUAGAUGAAGCUGAUGGCCAGCUCUUAUACUUGGAUGUCUUUGAUGAAGACCCUGGUAGUAAAGAUGAUGAUCUGGGAAGGUACAUUGCCAUAUAGUUUCAGUUCAGAAACUCUGGAUAUAAGGCUUUAUAAUAACACAGUUAACAAAGCCAUUGUUUUUGGUUCUUUUUAAAUUGAUUAUAGAAUAGAGAUUAACAGCCACGUAAUCUAUGCUACUUGGAAACUUUUAUAAUAUUUAUUUAAGUCUUUGAACUUUUCCCACUUUACUCUUGAACUUUCAAUUAUUCCCUAUGUGACUGGUGUCUAUUAGAACUUGUUAUCAAGCCAAUGAUUUCAAACAUUAUUAUUAUUAUUGUUUGUUUGUUCUUUAAGUUUGUCUGUAUGAUUUUAAAUAUAAAUCAAAUGAGAUGAUAUGAAUAAGUACCAUAGGGCUUAUACAUUUUUUUUGCAUUUUCAAAUAAUCAGUUAGUUAUAAACUUAACUUUUCGUAUGUCCACAGCAGCUAACUUAUUUUUUUAUCUUGAUUAUUUACAGGGUGAACAUGGAUUUAUCAAAACUUCGUGACAGUGGAUUUGAGGAUGAGGUGAGCUCUAUGAAUUUUUGUUCUGUAUUAGAUAACAGUCAUUUAUCUAAGCCAGUGUCACAGCACUUUUUCUAUAGUUGCAACUUUCUAAUUUUAAAAUUUCAUGCCUAUGGAGUCAAGAAAUCUUUUUUGUGACUUUGGUCUCCAUCCUUUACAAGUCCGGUAACCUGGCCUGCUUCCUGAUUUUCAAUGUCUUUAGAUGGAGAUUUAUCCAACAAAAUCAGUGGAGCAAGCUUACUUGAAAAUGUCUUAUUUUUGUGAGGUGGUGUUUGAUAUAAACCAUUACUUUAGGUAUCGUGUUUUUUUUAACUUGCAAUAAAAAGGUAACGAAUAAAGAAUUACUAUAGUGAAUUAAAAAAUUCCAUUGCAAAAAACCCCCGAAAAACGAAGUAACGCAAGGUUUUAUUUUCAUGUAUUAUUUUAUAGUUUUAUUAGUUCAUGAUUGAGAUAUUAACACAUGCUAAUUGCUUCACCAGUGGCUGCCUUUAGAGGAAGUUAAACAUGGUAUGAUACAUGUUCAGCUGACAUGGCUGUGGCUUGCUAAUGAUCCUUUGGAGCUUGACAGAGUAUGUAAUCAAAAUAUUUUUUUUAAAUAAAUGUUCUUUAAAAUCAUAAAUUAUGUUGUGCAUGUCUUUCUCAUGGUCUUCUUCAUCAAAUACCUGUAAAUGUCCCUGACUGAUAUUAAUUUUAAAUUUAAUUGUUUACGUGGGCAUAGUGCUGAUUCAAAUGACUGUUCAUCUCUCUCAAAAACUAAAUCAUGCAUCAACAUUAAUUUGUAAAGAAAUAUGUUCGUGCAUUAACAUUUUGUUGUUGUUAUAAUGCAGUCAUUCCUUCAAAUUAUUUGCUCGUAAAUUUAUCUGUUUGAUUUUUCUUGAACCUAGUUUCUUGGAUAUCUUCCUCAUCAUUUACUUGUUUGUUUUUCUCUGCCUUGGUUGUUGUAGAAAUGUCAGCCUAUUACUUAAUUAUAUAUUCAUUUCAUUAAAACUGAUCUUUUAUUUUUAAAUAAUUCCAUUGGACAAUGACAAUAGUAAUUCAAAGCUUAACUGCUCUAAAGCUAGAACAAAGUUUUCAAGUCUGAAGUAAAGCAUUACCUUAAAUUUUGUUAUGUCUGUUAUAUUCAUGAUUUUAUUCCAAGUUAGAAGUAAACAUAUGCCCUGGCAAUGAGUAAACUGGGCUUCCACUUCUUGGCUGUUGAAAAUUUAUUCCUAUUUUGAAUUGUGUCUUCUAUUCGAGAAAUGUAAAAUGGAUAAUUGUUCCAUAAUUUUUUGUAUCUCAAUAUGUUUGGAUUGUGCCAUGCCCAUCUCUAGGAGAUAUUAUUAUAUUGAUUCUCUCUUGCCAUCUCCUUCCUGUGUCUGUACCAAUGUGUAAUACCAUAGCUACCUGUAAAAAAAAUACUGCAUUAGGUGAUGUCACUGCAAAUAUAUCCCCACUAGCUUGUGUAGAAAAUGUUGUAUGUCAAUGGCUAAUCUUCUUAUCCAGUGCACAAAUAAUUAUCUGUCAUAGCUGAGUCACCUACUCAUUGAAAUCACCAUGUAUUUAUGUUAACCUUCAUUUUUUUUCUCCCUAUUAAUAAUGAAGUCAGCUAGAGAUAAAAUAAAUAUCAACAUUUAAAUACAUUUUAAAAAAUUAAAUGGGUUAUUUUUGUAUACACAUACCUUUUCUGUGUCCUAUGACCAUACCCACAGAUUCAAUGUUAAUACGAACACUUCCAUAAUUCAAUUUAAGACUUCUUACUACUUAAUCUUUCUUUUUCCCCUAAAUUCAUCAAGUACAUGUAUAGAUAAAAGUGGGAGAAAAGGAAUUGAAUUAAUGACCCAACUUAUUAGUGCCAUCAGUAAUUUACAUUAUUAUUAAUCAUGCAACAGAAUUGUUAAAUAUCUGAUUUAUAUAAAUAUGAAAGCUAUAACUGCUAUGGCACUACCUCAAAACUCAAUACAAUGAAAAUUUUAUUAUCAUAAAGGACUUAGAAUAUAUUGGUUGUUGAGCAGUAGACAAUUAACUGUGGGAUGCCUUGGUCCACAACUACUACAGCUGGAAGCCUUUUUGUUUUUCCAGUAAUGACGGAAUAAGAUUCUUUGACUGUUCUAAUUUUUGUGUUCUUGGUGUCAUUGCUGAGAGCCCUCCCCCAUACACACCCAUAAGCAAAAAUCUCUUAAUCUAGUACUACCCUCUCUCCGUCUUGUGUUUCCGUAAUUAUUGGUCCCUUCCUAAAUUAAAUUUUAAUUAAAGUAAAUAGUGCUUUAUCUGUGCCACCAUAGCAACAACGCACCAUAUUUAUUGUAGUGAACCAUUUUUUAUUUCAAUAUAUUGAAUAUGUUGAUAUGUGAUUUAAGUCCUUAUUGGGUUUUUAUUUGUUCAUAUUGGUUCAUUUUUAAAGCAAGUUGACGGGCAUGUUUAUUUCAUGGAGACAUGUCAUUGCAAAUAAGUGUUUUAAAAAAAAAAAACAAGCACUUAAGUCUCACAAAUCCUUCAUUUAUCUUAAGAAAUAUUAGAAAGUUAAACUUUUUAAAAGAAUUUUUUUAAUGAGAAAGAGCCGUCAUUGUAACUCAAUAUUACUUUUGAACAUCUUUAAGCUAAAAAAAACCCCAUACAUAUACUGUUCGCUCAUUCUCAUUGUUGAUACCCAAUAAUUUUAUUGACAUAUUUUUUUUUUCCUUUAAUUUUUUGUGUGGUGGGGAUGGCUUGACAAUCUCCUCUCUCACUUGUACUCACUUCUUCAAAUAUGAACAAAAUGGUAAGUCAGGGUGGUCCCUUGAUUUUGUUUUACUUCUCUCUUUAAUUUUUUUCUUGCCAUCCAGCAAUUUUCUUUCCAUUUUUUUUAGUGUUGGGGCAUGAACUUUCUAAUAGCCACUAACGUUUAAUUAUACCUAUAGUGCAUUUGAAAUUUCUUGUUCACAUCUAUUUUUGUGUGUUUGCUUUAGUUUAGUCUGCGAUUCUCUUACAAGCUAUUUUUUUUCCAUUAAAACUUUAUUGGAACUUGAUCAAUUAAGUUUAAGAACUGCUGGUUAAAUAUGAUUUUUUUUUUAAAAUGCAAAUAGUUCCUUACUUAUGAUUAUCUUUUCCUAUUUUCAAGUUACGAUUUUGAUUUUGUGGUGAGCUUUAUUUCUCCACCACAUCCAAAUUAUUAUAAGUACUUUCUAUUUGAAGUAUUUAAUCAUACUUCGAAUCUAUUCUUGUUAACUGUGGGUUUCUUAACCAUAUCUGGUGUUACUUACAUUUAAAUCUUAAAUAGCUGCAACCUCAUAGAUACUUGUAUUUACUAAACACGUUUUUAAAAUUUCACUGGACAAAUGAGAAUUAUUUUUAUUUAUUAAAUCUUUUUGAAAUAUUUAGAAAUGGUAAAUAUAAAUCAUAAGAGAUUUUAAUUUUUAUCAAAACUUUAUUUUUACACCCACACACAGAAAAUAGAAAACAACUUUAAAAAAUUGUAAAAAAUUUAUUAUAAUGGUUAAAUAAAUUUUUUCUAAAAGCUGUAACAAAUAUUAUUGACAUAUCAACAAAAUCAUUUUGUCUGUAAGCUGUUAUGCAAUCACUUGAGACGAUAUAAAACUAAUCUAAUUUUUCUUAUUAGUGAAAUUAUUCUAGAAUUAAUUAAAAUAUGCUCUGUAAAUAAAAUGUUUAUUAUGGUAUUAUAGAAGAUUUUGAUGUGUCUGCUUGUAUCACCACAUAUUAACUACAGAUCUGUAUGUCCUGUCAGCAACAAGAAAUCCAUCAACAUCGGUUCUCAUUUUAAAUCAACUCUUCUUGGUUUUUCGUUAUAUCAAAUCUGCUUGGAACUUUGCCUUCAGCUUUUAAAUAUAAUGUGCCAAAAAUGUGAAUCUUCAUGUCUAAAUGAAUGGAUUUGACAUGUGACCACAUUGCAUGCUAUGUAAGAUACAAACGCUGCAGAUUAUUAAGUGUGUGUGUCUAGGCAGCAACUUUGUCCAUGCCACUAUUAUUAUAAAAAUUGAGGCAGCCUCCAUCAACUCUUAAAAGGGGGAUGAUUUGUGUCACAAGAUGGAAAGGGGUGUGAGUUAAGGUCAUAAAAUUAUUUCCUUUUGAACGCUAUACAAAGUUCAGAAACUUUUAGACCGUCUUGAGGUUGGGUUUAUGGGGCUUCUUUCCUGAUUUUUAAAUUCUGGUUUAAUGAGGGAGUGAACUUGCAUUCUUAGUUUGAUCAUAGAUGCCACUUGAAAAAUGUUUGUAUCAUAGAAAUAGCACCGUGGAAAAUCUAGUUGUUGCUCAUUAGAGGUGCCUAAUUUUACACAUUUAUCAACAUUUGGGAAUAAAACAUGUUUUUGAAUUUCUAUAAAAAUUUAUUAGAACACAAUAAACGGGUCUGUGAUUGCGAUGGUUGUGACACAUAUUUUUAAAAAGUAAAUCUAUUUCAACAGCCUCAUAAAUAAGUUAAUCAGUAUAAUAGCAAUAGAUACAUUUCUUGGUUACUGUUUAAUAAUUUAAUGGUUUACCUUUAUAUUAGGUAAGUUAUCCUCUACCGACUUGUAUUUAGUUUCAGAAAACUGGCAACUUUUUAAAAAUUUAAACGUCAAUCAUGCAAUCAGUAUUAAAUAUGUCUCAUUUGUUUCUUUCAAACUUUUAAAAUAUUUUUUAUGAUUACACUUUACACCAGGUUGCACUUAGACAUUAUGUCAGUUCUGUUUCCUUCCAGACACAUGAAGCAAACAUGCAUCAUUUUUUACAUUUCAAUAUUUAGUUUUAAAAAAUUUCAAAUUAAAUUAUUUAAUUUCCUUUGUUUGAAUUAAGACUGCUCUGCUACCUGGGAUAACUAACAACAUUUCUCCUACAUACUCCACUAAAGGUCUUAAUUAAUGUAUGAUAUGCUAUAGGAUUAACCUAGCAAGGGUUUGUACAGGGUUGUAACACAUCCUCUUUUUUGUUGAGUGGGUAUAUUAUUAAUUAAAUUUAUUAUUGAGAGUGACUAGUUUGAACUAAAUCUAAGCAUAAGAAUUUGAUACAAUAGUUUACUCAUCAUUCUUCUAUCUCAUUUUGAAAGAAAAAGUAAUUUUAGCUAUGCUAAUUACUCUUAAAUUGUUAAAUUUUGAUACCUUUCAAAUUUCAAUUAAAAAUAGUCCUAUUGUAAUUAUUGUCUUACUAAUUUUGAUAUAUGUUUUUAUUUAAACCUCUUCACAUUGUUAUAAGCUCUUCAAAACACACUUGCUAUUCUUAUAUAAACACCACCUCUCUUUCACUUAUCCAGGUACUUCAACAGGUGCUUGAGCAAAAUAAAGAAGUUGAUGAUGCACAUGUUGCUUUAGUUCUUGUGUUUCUGGACUCAGCACGUAAUCUCCCUGUAAGUAUUGUAGUAGCUAAUUUCAAUUCUGGCAACCCAAGGAAAAAUGUAUAACCAAUUUUAAAAUUAUAUAUAUAUAUAUAUUAGGGUUUUAAAUUUUAAUAUAAAACUCUAUCUUUAAUGGAUAUUUUCAAUUUAAAAUCAUGAUUAUUUGUUGUUUAUAGUAAAUUUAAAUGAUCUCUUAACAUUGCAUUCCCAUCUGUCACUUUUCGUUUAAUUUUGACAGCAUCCUCCACAAAAGUAUGAUAAUACUAAUUCAAAUCUUCUCAGUCUUUUAAAUCUGUAGACAUGAGCUAAAAAACUGAAUUAUACUUAAGGGGCUUAUUCAUCUUUAAAAAUGCUUUAAAAGCUUUAAAAAAAACUGUUGUUGCUUUAUGACCCAUAAUUAAUAUUGUAUGCCACAGAAUAACAUUAACUAUUGGAUAUUUUUAAAAAAAUAUAUUCUUUAGGUGGAAUAAAAUUUUGAAUAAAAAAUCAAAUUUAUUUUCCAAGAUUUGUUUACAUAUUUACACACGCUUUAUGUUUUUAAAAGGGAACAAUUUUUACAUACCAGUUAUUUAUCUUCCAUUUAUUUAUAAUUGGAAUUAAUGGUGUUGUGAUUAUUUUGAGCUCACUUUGAAAUCAAUCGCUAGAAUCUUUUCACACGUCAAAAAAUUGAUUGUGGAGGCAUUGCAUUAAUUACUAGUCUUGUUUUUAAAAUUCUUAACUGUAUGAGCAUUUAAAAGAUAUACCUGGGAUUUUUUCAUUUAAUUCCAUAAAUUAUCUUUUUAAUAUUUGUUUUCAUUUGCUUGCAAAACAUUCAUGGUGCUUAAAAUUUAUUAUUUCAAUAUGGUAUUUGAUUGGAUGGAGCAAUUAGGAAAUAUUGAAGGCAAUCUGUCAUCACUGAAGAUCAUCAAAUAAAGAUUUGUAAAUACUAAUUAUUUAUUUGUUUGCAAUGAAAGAAUUCCAACUGCUUCAAAAGAUAUUUAAAGAAACAAAAUAGUUUAGAUAGCAAAGUGAAAGAAUGGUUUGUUCACAAAACCAGUGGAGAAUCAUUUACUCCCACUCACCUUUUUUGUGGAAGGCAAUGGAAGGGGCCCUGCUCAUGAUGCAUGUCAUAUGGUGCAUUUUGCCGACCAGUUUGAGAUGUUUAACAAUUCAAUUGUUUUUCAAGUUGUUUUAAAAUGUCAAAGUGCAUGGUCAGGCUAAGAGAAAUGAUCCAAAACAAAGAAAGUUUAAUUGGUGGACAGAAACAUGCUUACAGAUUCACCAAUUUUUAUGCAUAUAUAGUUGUUUUUUUAUAGAGAUAUUUUAUUGUAAAGCAAAUAAAGAUUUUUUAAAAAGUAUUUUUAUUAUAUUCCAUAGCGAUAUUAAAACGGAUAUAAUAUUCUAAAUUUCUUUUUUCACAGGCAAAGGUAUUAACUUGUAACUGUGGUUUUAAUUGCAUUUAACAUUUACACUUUGUACCUCUGAAAUAAAUUUAGCAGCAUAUGUGCUGUUGUAGAUGUGUGAUUGCUAAUAUUUAACUUCCUAAACAUGUGUGUUCUCAUUUGUAGUUCAUUGAAUUUAAAAAAAAAAAAUUUAAUCCCCUUUUAAUAAUUCUCUCAUAUGAAGUAAUAAUUGAUACCUUGAGAGGACUUUGAAUCUGAGUUAUGUUUAAAGCAUUCAAGCAUUUUUCAUCUUUAUAUGGUUGCCCUCCUCAUAUCAAGAGCACAUGAGCUCAUAUUCUGUUAACAAAGUAGUCACACAUCCAUGGAACUGAUGAUGUCCUGAGUUCGUAAGAUCUAAAUUAGUUAUUGGCUUGAAAUAAACUAACUUGUUCAAGUCAAUUUAACAGACAGUUAACAUCUAAAAAUGAUUAAGUCUUUUAAUGUUUAAUAACAUUAUAUAUUUGACUAGAUGCCAUGAAUAUAUAGUUACAUAGAAACAUUAAAUCUCCCAUUUCUGGGGAUGGGAAGCAAAGUUUUUUGUUUUUUUUUAAAUUACAUUUUUAUAGACUUUGCAGUCAAUUUUCUUUUAAAAGGUCAUUUGUUAAUGAUAAGGUUCACAGCGUUAUAUAUCAGACAAAUGUUUACAACAUUCAUUAUCUCUCCCCGGUCAGGCGCUUCUGUUUCAUGCAAGUUCCUGACAUCAGUUCUAAUAAUAAACACUGGCCAGAACAGCAGCACCAAUAAAGGUAGACAAAACGGCCACAAUUCAAUUAGAAAGCAAUAAUUAAAAAAAAAACUAGGUGGGCGUUAGGCAGGACUGGAAUACUAGAUAAUCCGUUUCUGGCUCAAGGCAGAGUGUGCCGACCUCUGGUCUAUAUGAAAAUGGGGCUGCUAAUUUUAAGAAUUUGCCACCUGGCCCUCUCUAGUUUUGCCACUGGCCAAGAGCUUUUGUUCAGCUGUUUUCUCUGGUAUAUAUUUACCUUUCAUUAAUAUUUUUGUGUACUGAAAUUCUUCCAUGCUUCAUUGUUAAACAGCUGAGCGAGGAUUAAGUUAUUUGAGAACACAGGUUUAUGAAGAUUAAAUGAAAUUUUUUUUACCAUUGCAAAGCUCAAUUUUGCUAACAUUGCACCAGAAUUCUUUGCUGUUUUAGGAGAUCUUCCAUAUUAUAUUUUCCAUCUGCAUGUUGACUUUAUGCUGCAAGAAAACUUAUCUGGUUUUCAUAUAAUUACUAAAUACUAAUUUUGAAAAAUUAUUUUAUUUCAAAAGAAAGAAAAAAAAGAUUUGUUGUGAAUUAAAUCGUAAAACCAUUUUUUUGUGAUUCAGGAAGUGUUCACAGUCUUUAUCAGUGUCUUUUCCUGCAUGUGUUAAAUAUCGUGAUUUAUCAGCAUGUUUUUUUACAGACUGAAAAAGGCCAAAAAUUGGAUAUGGCUUAGACAAAUAAAUUUGGGUUUCUUCAUCAUCAGACUUUCAUAGGGGUCAAUUACAUUUUUGUGCAUAAAGUUAUUUCUGUUAUUACUUGAAUUGAAUUAAAACAGAGACAAUGCUUUUUUGGCGGAUUACUUAAUGAAUGCAAAAAUUACCUUAAUAUUAAACUAGCAUGUCAUUUUAUUAUUUUUUAAAUUUUACUUUUAUUUUUUUCUCAGUUGAAUAAAAGUAACAACACUAAUAAGUAUUUAAAGUUCCAUUCUAUUAAAUUUUAUAAAUAAUUCUAAAUUAAAAUACAUAUUUAUUUUUAUUCCAUAAUUUUUUUUAAUGCCUCUGUUAUGUGUUUUUCUUGAUUUAUCUUUCAAAAGACAUGAGUUGUAAUACUAAGCACUAAAACUUUUCAAUUUUUAACAAAAAACAUUUAAAAAUUAGUAUCAAUUUUAUUCUCUAGCCUGUGAAAUUUCAGGCCUUACAAAAUGCACUAAAAGUUCCUUAUUAAGUGGUAGCUUAAUAAAGGUGAAAGGAAAGCUAUUUAUCUGUGUGAUUUGUUAUACAUUGAACUUCGUCUGACUUAAAGGUUGCGCUGUUCAUGGGUUGAAAUGGGAUUUAAUUGGAGUCAAAUAGAAAUCAUCACUAACCUGCUGAAAUGUCUAACAGUGAUAGCUGCAUAUUUACAUUGAAAAUUUGUUCUGAUGGUGAAAUGACAGGGCUGGAUUUAAUUUUUAACAUCCUUUAGUUCUAAACAUUUCAAGACAGUUAAAAGCUUUGAUGACACCUCCUUCAGUAACUAGUUGAAUCUAUGUAAAUAUACAAGUCCUGCUGUUGGUAUAAAGCUUGUGAGAGUGGAAAGUUAUUGAUCCUUUUGUAUAUUUUAAUUUUGAUACAUCUCUGUGCGUGCAUGAAAAUAUCUUUUAUUUUAAUAAGUUGUAAAAUGGCUGCUAAGAUCUGGAGGAAUUGAAAUGUUUAAAUGAGGACUUACUGUACAUUUAAAUGUCUUUUUUGACAAAAGUGAUACGGCCUAGAAGAAGAUGCCAUGUGCUGUAAGCCCUUUUUAUAAUGUUGAAAUUGCUCAGACCAAUGUUUUCACAAAAUAUUCAUAUACAUUGUGAUUUCCAACCUAUGGUCUUAGAAGAUCUGUGUUGAAACAUUGAAGUUCCCAAAUUGAUUAGCUAAAUUUAGCUGAAUCAUCUGCUUUGUACUGAAAUUUAUUGGCAUAGAAAUGACCUGCCAAACAAUGGCGGUGGCAGCAAGUGAACUUCCCAUCUACUAAAGUUACUUGUCAAAACAUGCAUUAACAUAAUGCACUUGAUAGUAUUCGAAUUAGUGCUAACUUCUGGGAAUUUUAUUUUGCACGUCUACAUGUAUAAGGAACACUAUUUAAAAAAUUUAGACAGUAAUUUCCUGAAAGAGCUGUGUUAUUUCUAUAUUGUUUUUAAAAAAAGUGAACAUUUAGUGUAAGGUCAAUUUGACUAGACAUAAUGUGUAUUUUCUCUUUUGUCACUGAUCUUUGCUACUAACAUAACAAUAUUUCUUGUUUUGACAGUUAUAUCAAAUCUGUACCUUUAAAACCAUAAGUAUUUUAAAAUUAUAUUUUAUGUAUAAAAAAUUGUGGCUCCGAAUGCUGAAAUUUAUGUUCAAAUUGAAUAGAAUUACACUAUAAAUUGAUUAUAUUUAUAUUAACUCAAUAAAUAUAUACAUUUAUAAGUACACAUAAUCCCUUCAAUGUUAUUUUGUAUACCUUUGAUAGAGAAUGUUUUCAUCUGCAAAGAUCAUGGGUUAUCUGAGCGAUGUGCAAACAAUUGUUUAUAUUCCCAAUUUAGAAGACUUGCAUAAAAAAUUAUUUAUGCUUUGCUAAUUUCAGAGAGGGAAAAGGUCCCUCAACGAGCCAUCUCCUCAGGUAUCACUGACUGUAGGCAAUCAGAAGCAUGACAGUUCUGUGAAAUACAACACAAAUGAACCUAAAUGGGAGGAGAAUUUUCGAUUUCUGCUUCGCAAUCCUAAUUACCAGAACCUGGAAUUAGAGGUGUGUAUGUUCAGAAAAUUGUGGUUGUAACUAAAUUUAACAUUUAGAAUGGAUAUGUUGCAGUUUUCAUUAACAAGGCUCCUAUAGAUUCUUAUAACACACAGUCAAAUUGGCUAACAUGACUUUAUCUAUAAAUUCUUAUAAUGUUAUGAAGCUAUUAAAGUAUGUGAUAGAAAUAUAAAUAAAAAAACAAGAUAUUUAUGCAUGUAAUGAGUAUGUUUGUUCAAAAUACUAGGCAGUAAAAUUUGACAGAAUUUUUUGGUGUGUAUAGUUUAUUAAAUGGAGUUUUAAAAGCUUUGGUUUCUCAGGUAAAACAUUCCUUGCUUCUGUAUCCUCAAGUGGUGUGUAGCAUAUCUGGCAAUAGCUGAGAACUGUUUACAGUGGUAGCCACUAUUAAGAUUUUUACAUCAUCUUUUUUAAGUUAUAAAAUUAAACACAAAAUGGUUAAAAUUUAAAAACAUACUUAAAUUCUGGCGCCAAAGUUAGUAAUUUUCACCUUAAGCUGUUAAAAAGCUAGAUAGAUACCUUCAUUGCUUUUGAGAUGUGUGAUUACUACCAUGUGUUUCCUGGAACAGAUCAAGGACACCAAAACUAAGAAACCAAUCGGAAGUAAACACAUCAAACUGAAAGAUCUGCUUGCUGCAGAGGACAUGGUCGUGGACCAGAAGUUCCAUGUCAAGACAUCUGAGCCUGAUAGCUACAUAAACAUGAGGCUUUGUCUCAGGGUAAGAUUUGCUACUCCCUUACCUUGCAACUGAUGACCAUUAAAUUUUAUCUCAGUCAACCAAAAUACCUUGAAAUUUAUGUAUUUAUUAAAUUUUUUAACAAUGAAAAACCUAGCUAUAAAUUUCCACCUUUAAAUGUAUUGAGAUUUUUUUUUACAGAUCUUGAGUCCAAAUGCAAACCCUGAAUGGACAAAUAAUGAUAUUUUACUCGAUGAUAAAACCAAGGACUUGAAAAAAGAAGAGGGAUCAUCCGUGGAUAGUCCACAGAAAUCGUACUGUACGGAUAGGACAAAACCAUGUUUUUCAGUCAGUUCAGAUGAAACCCAAGAAGGAACUAAGGUUAGUCAUUCUUUUCAGAAGGAUAUUUUGUCAUGUCAGGAAACUGACCUUAGUUUUGUCAAGCCUUGUGACAAGUACUCUGACACUAGCGCCCUUUCAUUGUGUUGGUUCAAGUCAAAAGAUCAUGUCUUUUUUUUGUUGACAUUUGUGUCCAUUCACCAUAGUUCAACUGAAACAAACCAAGGCUUCAAGUAUCUAAUGGGGUAAUCUCGUCAAUUGAUUUCAUUGUAUGUUGCACUGUUUGCCUCUAUGAAUUACAUGAUUGUUCUGACUAGAAGACCCAGCUAUCAAUGUGUUUUGUGAGUCGGAUGUCACUGAAAUCAUUAUAUGUAAAGUGUGAUUUAUUCGACUUCUAUUUUAUGACUGGCUUAAUAAACUUGAUCCUAACAUUUUUAAUCUUUUAGCAGCAGAGAAAACUUAAGCCAUAUCUCUGUUACAGUAAGUCAUGGACAGCAUGAACAAAACCCUUUAAAUAAAUAUUUUUAUUACCUUUUUGUCAUUUACUUCUAUGUUAAAAAGUCUAACCUCUGUGCCUUGACCUGCUCAUGGAGCAUUCUGUCCAUUAUGCCUGAAAUAUACAGUAUCACACUUCAUUUUUCCUAUAUCCCAAACUGUCAUCAAUCACUUACCCCUCAUUCUGGAUAUUUGAUUUCUCAAAACAAUAGCAUGAUAUUCUCUAGAUUUAUCAAUCACUAGAAUUCUCGAAUGUUUUUAAGUAAGCUUUUUCAAUUAUACUGGAAACAGUAAAAAAAAAAAGUUUCAACAGAACCUAACGUAAACAAAUAGAUUUUGUGAUGAUAUAUUUUUGUGGGUAUAAAAUUAAGUAGAAAUGAUGUUUUUGAAUUAUUGUUUGGAUGUAGAUGUUUAGCUUCAGAAAGGCGACUCUUAUUGCCUUUCUAACAUUUAUUGCUUUACUCUUUUCAUAAUGGGCAAUUAUCAUUUACAGGAAGACUUUCAUGAACAAUUUUUGCUAAAAUGUGCAUUUCUUAAAGCCAAUUGUUUUAGUCAACUUUCCUCUUUCAAGUCAAUGGCAUAUCCAGGAAUUAGACACCAGGGAAAAUGGGACUACUUUUAUUUUGCAUAAAAUUUAUGAAGCUUGAAAGCAAUUUUUUUAUAGCAUUAUAUAUUUAUUGGUUAUCUAUCUCUUAUUUAAAAUAUGAUAUUUUUGUGCAAAGAGAAUAUUAUUAAGCUCUCUAUAUAAUGAGGACGCUUUGUUCAUUGAGCUCCUUAUAUAAUCAGGAUGCUUUGUCCAUUGAGCUCCCUAUAUAAUGAAGAUGCUUUGUCCAUUGAGCUCCCUAUAUAAUGAAGAUGCUUUGUCCAUUGAGCUCCCUAUAUAAUAAGGACUCUUUGUCCAUUGACUGUUGAUUUUAGUGUCCUUUUUUCUAUUGUUUGAUAUUCCAUUGGAAAAUUUGAAUAUAUAUUGAUAUUUUUUGUUAUCAAAUAAAUGUAUGAUUUAAGAACAUGUCAUCCCUUUGUGAAAAAUUGUAACAAUCAUCAACUUUGUCAUUUAGGUUUCCUUAAGCUAUUUAAUAGUUUGAAAAGUUUAUAAAUAAUAUUGAAAACCAAUAAUUCAAUAGCGAUAAUGUAAAAAAUUUUACUAGGGAUAAUGUUUUAGAACAUUUAUGAAUAAUAUUUGACAUCUACUCAUCCUUUUCAGAAGUAUUGGUGCUUCAGUUCAUUUUGUAGUUGGGUUUAUAACUUCUAUUGUGGGAAAGAUAAGAUUCCAGCAGGUGAGCCGGCCUGAAUCAUAUCAAUUGUUGACUAUUUGUAGCAAAGAAAACUUGAAGUUCAUUUCUUUGAUUGGUUUCCACCAUAACUGUUGCCUUGCUUUGUUAAAGGCAUCCAAACAAUUUUUCUGUUCUGUUCAAUAUUGUUAUUCUCAUUGAACCUUUUGUACAACAAAUGCAGAUCAUUUGUAUUUUGAAUGAAUUACAUAACAAUUUGAAACAUCAAUGGGGGGGGGGGGGGGGGGGGGGGGGGGGGAGAAAAAAAAAAAAAAUAAAAUAUUUUGUAAAGUGCAUUUACUUGAAAUUAGCGUUCUUUAAAGGCUCUGAAUUGUGGAUUGUCUAAAAUUUGUAAUUUAUGAAUCAUUUAUAAAUCAUAUACAACACUGAUGGGAAAAUACAUUAUUUCUACUUAAUGGCUUCAUUUAACAUAAUUAAUUGUGGUACAUUGUGUCAUUUAAAAACUUGUUAGUUCCUGUAAUUUCUUACCAUUACAUAUAGGCUAGAUUAAGUAUUGAUACCUUUCUCAUCUUUGUUCCAUAUGACCUUAAUAGUGUUAUUAUUAUUAUUAGUUUGAAAUUAAACCUUAGAAUCCUAUUAUUGAUUUUAAAUUAAUAUUACUGGCUACAUAUUUUUAUAGGAUUUCAAUCCUGUGUUGCGAAAAGAUAGGCCUGAUCUGUAUUUUAUAGCAUUAUUAAAAUUGUCAUAAAAAGUACAUUUCAAUACUCUAUCCUGUGUAGUAAUUUAUUGGGAUUGGCAAAUAUUCCCUUAAAAACACAAUGGGUCACCAUUUCAUGGAUAUUAAUACACAUCCGUUAUAGAGAUGUAUCAAUGUAAGCAAUGGCCUAGCAACACACACACCAAAUCAGUUCACACCACACACCUUUGUUUUAACUCUUACUUGAAUUGAAGUUGUUAAAUAUAAAUUCAUGUAGGUACUAAUGAAACAAAAGUAAGUUUAAAAUUCAUUGACAUUUAUAGUUUUAAAUUUGUAUUUAAGACAGAAUUUUCUGUUUAGCUAUGUAUUCUGUCAGAACUUGAUGAUUACAAAAAAAAAAAAAGACUAUUCAGUUUUUAUAUUGUUUUAUUUUUUCAUGGAAAAAUUACAGUUAUUAGAUCAAUACUCUUGUGUGACCAUUGUUGAUUUCCAUUGGCAUUUUUCUAGAUGAAUUUCUUAUAAGAAAAGAUGACAAAAUUCAACUGUAUAUUAAUUUCUUAGGUUGGACUCAAAACUAAUUUCCUCUAUAUUGGAGAUAAAAUGAAAAAAAAAAAAUUAAUGCCUUUGUGUGGCUGGUUUGAUUACAUUUUCUUCUACACUAAACUAGCUACACUUAAUUUAAAACAACUUUUCUGCUAAAUUUUAUUAGUAACUUUAUGAUUUCUUUAUUUUGGGUUAAUACAUUUAGUUGUGUUUCGAGUAAUGGAGUUUGCAUGAAAUUUUUUUUCAUUUAAAGAUGUGUUUUGAUUUUAGUGGGGUUUUAUGUCACCCUGACAAUCACUUACACUGAAUGGAUCGUUGCCAAACGGAAGGCAAAUCCUGGGAAUUUUUGAAAGUCAAAAGUAGGAGAAGCCUGAGGUCAUCUAAGUUCAAGAAGUACAUUUUAUAGAUUAAAAUAUUAGUGGGGCUAUACAGCUUUUAUUAUUAAAAAAUAAAAUCCAUAGUUAUUUGUUUAAGUUAAGCUGCCUGACAUCUGACUUUAUUGGAGAUGUUAAGUAGGUUUUUAAAAGUCUAUACUUAAUUAAUUAAUUGGCUUGAUUAUAUAUAUUAAGUUUCUUCCAGUAUUGCUAUUGGAGAUCUUUCUUUAUAAACAUUUAACAUUAUGGUUAAAGAUUUGUUAAUAAUGAUUCUAGAAGAACAUUUAGUGCUGUAUUACACAAAAAUGUCUAGUGGUUUGAACAGGACAGCAGAGGCUCAGAAAAUAUUGGAUUUAUAUAGGAAAAAAUGCCCUCACAACAAGACAAAUGUUGCUGGUUUGACAAUAAUAUGGAUGAUUGCUUAAAAUGAUAAUUUUGUUUUCAAUUACAGAUUCAGAAAAUCUCUUCCAAAAUGCCCUAAGAAAAUUAAUUCAAGAAGAACUAUAAGGCAACUUGGCUCACCAGAUCAGUUAGUUGUGUCACAAAAUCCUUACUCUUAUACUCUUUUUGGAAACUUUUAUCCAAAAUUCAGGCUUGUUGAAUUAUAAAGUCAGUGAUCAUCUUUUGUGUAAAUGUGGAAAAAAAAAAAUUCAUUUUUCAUUAAAUACUUACAUGAUAAAUUAUAGAAAUAUUAAUGAACUACUCUUUAAAAUUGUAUAUAUGGAUAAAAAAGUGGACUACUUUGGUCUCAACUCUGUUAUUGAUAUAAAUAAAAUUAUCUAUAUAGAUAAAACAGUGGAUUGCUACGUUCUCACUCUCUGUUUUUGAUAUAAAUAAUUGCAUUAUAUUCAUGGAAUCUCACUGAUAUUUUUUUAAAGCACAAAUGACCCUGACGAUGAUUGUGUACUGUGCUAUGUAGAUAUAAUGUCUCCCAGUUACUGUGUAUCAUCUUAAGGCUUGGGCUGUUUGCAAUAAACUAUUUGAGUUAUUAAACCUCAGAUCAAGAUACUUAUACCUUCUUAUCACUGUUCACUAUUACUUAUUAUUAUUUGGUUAUGGUUUUAACUGUUUUUAAAAGAAAUUUUAUAUUUUUAAUUUUUUUCCCCCAUUGUGCCUCAGUUUUCCAGAUUUUAAGCAUUCAAAUAUUUUCAUAUCUUGAUUCUAAGUAGUCAUCCAACCAUAAGUAAAAUUAAGAUUUGUUUUUAAAAUCAUUUUAUUGUCAAGCUGUCACAACUUUUUCAAGAAUUGAAUUCUUAUACAUGAAAUGGAUGUAAUACUUUUUUUUCUAGGGUCAUAUUUCAAAUAAUAAAAAAAAUUAUUUAAAAAAAAAAUGGGGUAGUAAAUAAUAUUGACCAUUAAAGUAUUUUUAAAAACAUCAAGUUAUUAUAACAGUAGUUGUUUUACUUUUCAUAUUCCUGAACACAACAAAACUUCAGUCAUAAGCAAACCACUAGAAUUAAAUCACCUUUGCCAUAAUUCCCACUACUACUACUAGCAUUGAAUUCCAGAAUCAUGAAUGGAAAAAAAAUAUUAAUUUAAACACACGUUUCUUUUCAGUUAAUAGUCAUUGCUGUUACUACAUGUUAUCACAUUUUCUUAAAACAAUUUCUUCACCCGAGAUUAAAAUUUGAAUUUACAUAUUUUAUGAUUGUUUCAUUUGUGUUUAAAUGAAUUUUUACCUAUAUCCUUAUUCAUGUUUUUAUUUAUAAACCUACUGACAGUGUUAUUUCAGAAAUUAUUUUAUUCCCAUUUCUAUCUUCGCAUAGUUUUGUUGUUCAACCUGUCUGGUUGAACAGUGUUCUCUUUAAAUUGUAGUUAUGUAGAUGAUUACUUUUAAAAUUCUUAAAAUGUAUCAUUAUCAUAAUUAAUGUUCCAUGCAAGUAAUUGUGAUUUUAUUAUCUGGUAAAAGCCAAAUUCUUUGGUCCACUUAGCUGCUUCCUAUUCCACCGCUUUCCAUAGCCCUUGGGGUCUAUUAGACCUUAUAAGGGCUUGUGGGUUUUAACUUAAACUAACAAAUAAUAUUAUUUAGAAAGAACUUUAAUGAAUGUUAUUUCCUAAUGAUAAAAAUAAUCAACAUGGAGUAUUUCUAGCACACUGUGAGGCCUCUAAAACAAUAGUUGUGAGAAUUUUAAUAUUUAGGAGCAUGAGUUCCUUCUUAUUUGUAACAAGUUUUUUUUUCUUCUCUCCUUCAAUUAUAAUUUACAAUUUGAGAAAAGAUCACCUGAAAAACAUCAAUGCAACCAAGUUAUACAUAUUUAAUUUUUUUUUUUAUCUAGAGCCCACAAGACUCCAAUGGCAUACCAAAGCCAACAGAUGCCAAUGGUCCAUUGGAAGCAGAUGUUGUCCCAGUAAUGGCCAGCUCACAGGAAAGUGGAGUCAGACUAAGGAAAUCUCCAAGGUAAAUUUUGGAGGGGCUUUACCUCUAGAAAUUUCCCCAUCAAUCCUUGUCAUUGUGACCCAUGACCUCACAAUGACACCACAUUAAGGAAGCCUUACAUAUCCCCUCCUUGUCUUAAUUAAUUAAAUUUUUUAAAAACUUAAAACAGGCAUUAAUUUAACUGUCAUUGUUUUCAUAUUCUGAUAGCAAUGGGGCGGGUAACUUUGGACUUGGACGCCUACAAAUGACUUUUAGAUACAGUCUUCAGAGAGAGAGACUGAUCAUUGUGGUCCACAAGUGCUCGUAAGUUUGCUUUCUCUAGGACUUGUGAAAUAAUUCUACUCUUUUUUCAGAUCUGUAUUUAAUUUUAUGUCUCACAUUUAAAGUGGUAUAUUUUGGGUGGGACUGACCAGAGUUCUCAUUCUUCUCAUUUCAAGAAUAUACCGACAAUUUUAUAGAAUCUAUAGGUGCAUCAGCAGAGCCGAAAUACCAGUAGUUGUUUUAGCAACUUGGGGGAAAGUCAAUACUCUAAGUGGUUAAUCUUAUACAUAAGAAACCUUACUAAACUACUCUGUCGAGUAUGAGCGUUCAUUAGUAAUUGUUAAUAUUCAGUCGCAACUAAUGAACAUAAUAUUCAGUCGCAUGUUCAUUAGUUGUUGAAUGCUUUUCCCCACACUUGACUCUUAUAGUUAGUGAACGCUCUUCCCGCCAUUGUCUCUAUGACGUAUUUUUAUGCUGAUUCGUGACGUAUUGUCUAUGCAGUAUUGUGACGUAUGUUUUAGUCGUGCGGUAGUCUUGAGUGGAACUUUGGAGUGAUAGGAUGUGUAUUAUUUAGGUCUGAUAGCUAGCUGCGCUAUAUUCACGUGUUAUGUGUAUCAUAUUUACUUAGACAUUAAAGUUAUAAUUAUUAUGAAAAGGAGUUGAGUUUGUUCAAUGAUAGGAGGAAAUAGUACGACACAUUCAACGUGUGAAAAGAACUUGACGAAUGUAAUCAAUCCAAGAAGACUGUUGGAGUUGACAUACUCUAAUUUUGAACUUUCAGGCAAGAGUUCAAUUAUAACCUUGGUUCAAAUGGCCAUCAAUCACAGAUCCUUCAAACAGAACAGACCACUUGUUCCAUAUUUUUCUUGCACAAGAAUGAGCGUCUCACAUGUUAUUGGUCAUUUAGCAACAGACAAAUAUUACAGCAGUUAUAUUUUGAGUACAUGCAAUUUUUUUCAAUGUUGAACAGAUUAAAAUUAAGAAACUCUAAGGGGGGCCAAUGACUAAAAUCAUAGCCUGUUGUUGACAGUGGUUCAAGUGUUCAUUUAAGAUAGUUGAGAUUUAAGAUCUUUUCUUUGUUCACCUGGGAUCUGGUUCAGUGGUCUUCUAAGAUCCUGAAAAAGAAAAGGCCAACCCUUCUAAAUGGUUCAAAUCUUGGCCUAAAUUUUAGGAAAGUGUUCAGCAGAAGACUCAACCGAACACAAAUUCACACAUUAUAGUAUUCUAACUAUUGAAAAUUUAUUUUCAGUAAUCUUAAACCUGCACCAGGAGACAGCAAAAACAUGGCAGAUCCAUAUGUGAAACUAUAUCUGCUGCCUGACAAGUCAAGCUCGGCAAAGAAGAGAACAAAAGUUAUUAAAGAUAAUCUGAAUCCUGUUUUUGAUGAAACGUAUGUAAUGUACUUAUCUGCAUAUGAAGCAACACUUUUGGGUAGUUACCAUGCUGCUUUUAAUGGCAUUAUUUUAUCUUUAGUGAAAUCAAUGUCCUUUUCUGAAAAUUGUAUUCCCUCAUUUAAUGGUAUUUAUUAUAAUUUACAUGAUAAGUCACAUAGAUUCGUUCUGCUUUCUUAAAGUACUAUUAUAAUCUUCUAUACCCCGAGAAAAUGCGUCUGUGCUUUUUUCAUGUGGAUAUCUAUUUGUUGCUUUUCCUCUCAGAUUUGAAUAUCCAGUUUCCCAACAAGAAAUAGUCAAACGAACCUUGGAGGUGACGGUGAAAAAUGAAGUGGGCAUAUUCUCAUCAUCUGAAACAAUGAUGGGGAAAAUUUUGCUUGACCUUUCAACUAUGGAUGUCAGCAAAGCUAUCACUGAAUGGUAAAAUUUAGUUUUGAUCAACCAAACUUUUUUGGGAGCCACACACAUUACAUAAACUCUCUGUAAUAUUUAUGAAGUCUCCAUUGAAAGGGUUCAUCUAUGUUUUCAAGGUGCUAGUUUUUUACUUGAUUGGUUUAAUAGGCAUGCAGUUUGGUUGUUGGAGCACUUGUCUGGUGUGAGAUUCAUGGAAUAAAAAGAUCCUUUUAUACAGUGGCGAUGUGCUAGCUGUCUUUAUAGUGUUAAGUUAGGUGAAGAUAAAUUUUAGCCAAAAUAUUUUGGCUAAAAUAUUCUUUUAAUUUUUUUUGUUGUGAAUAAACUUUACCUUACAGAUGUAUGCUAAUGGUUUGUUUCAUUUAAUUUAGCUUCACCCUAGUCCUUUUCUAAUCUAUUUGACAAAAUGUUCCAGCCAUUUUAUUAUGAAAAAAUAUCACACCAGUGGUCAUAUAAUAUUCCUUUUUUUAUUCUAAAGGUUUGAUCUGGCUCCAGAAAAUCAAGCCAAGCCACUCUCAUUUGAAUCAGAUGUCUAAAGGGUAGCAUCCCUUGAAGAAGAAAAAACAACUGAAUAGUUGUUAUUUUUUUAAAUUAUCAUUUAUUUAAGCAUUAUUUAUAUAUUGUAUGCUUUUAGAGCAUUUUGUACAAGUAUUUUUCCACUCAAAUAUAUUUGUAUUCAUGCAGAAUGCUAAUGUACAUCGUUGAGGAGUAGUUUUUAUGGUGGCUAGAAGAAAAAUGCAUAUCCAUUUUAUUUUCAUAACACUGCCCCAUGGUCAAAAUUUGUUUUGUACGAUUAUUUUCUAGUCUGUUGUAUCAGCUCUUUGUCCAUAUCAUAAGCCUCAGUAAAUUUAUUGAUAAUUGAACACUGUCUUUCUCCUCUUCACCCUCAUGUGUUGAAAUUAAAACUCUCCACAAUUCAUUUUUUUUUUAAAAAUCUUCGUAAUUCAGUUAUUAGUAAUGUGAUUAAUAAUAUCUGAAAGAUAAACAAAUUCUGUUUAAUGUACACAUUUUUUGUUAAAAAAUUCAGUAUAGGAAAUAUUUUAUAGAAAGAAGCACAAAAUAUUUCAGAGUUCUGGUUGAGAUGUAAUAAUUAAGUUAAUAACUUCUUUGUUGAGAAAACUCAGAUGAAAACCUCUAUUACCCAAAAAUUAGAUUUUUUUUGUUUUUCAUUUGGAAAAAAAGUGUUGUUUCUAAUUAAGGUUAUUAUAUUCUGCUCAAUUUCUCUUGACAAACUUUGUCUUAUAUUAUUUAUUUUUACAUCAACCUUUUCAUGGAAUGAAGUGGUUAAUUUAAUUUUAGUAAAUUUGUGUCUAAUUUAUGGAGUUGUUUCUCAGGGACUUUUAAUGUCCUUUUAUAACCAUAACACCAAAGUGUCAUUUUAAUUUGGCUCACCUGCAGAUUUAAAUAUUUUUUUUUUUUACAAUUUUCCAGAGUUUGAAAAUGUUAUCUUUUCUGAAAAAAAUUCUGUUUUGCUAUGAGGUGAAAUAAAAAUCAAUGUAUAUUUCCUAACAUGCUCUGUACACCUGUCACAGUCAGAUCAAUGAAAAAACCAUAAAACAGACAAUUAUGAAAGAAAACAGAAACUACAAUCAAGUUGUAAAUGUUUUUGUUUUUUUCAAUAGCAAAUGAAACAAAAUGUAAAUUUUAAAAAAAUCUGGUUUUGUUGUAAUGAUUCCAGGUUGGGAAACACUGCAAUAGAGGUAAAGUGAUCACUAUAGUAUUCUUGAUUGUGCAAUCUGUGUCCAUGUCUGCAGGCUGAUCAACUGUAGUUCUAUCUGUCCUACUUGGGACUGUGUCAUUACUGAACACGGUGUUAUUCUGUUUCUAAUAUUCAGCAGCAAUGGAAACUCAUGGAGCCAACAGCUGAUUAUGUCAGUUAAUGUUGGGUCGGACCAUGCAUCUAUUCUACAAGCCAAGGGAACUUGAACAAGUAACAAAAGGAUCCCACUUUAUUAUAUUCAUUGUUUCUUUCCCGCAGCGUCUGAAAUUUAUUUAUGCAAAGAAUAUUUAAGGGGAUGCACUUUCUCCUAACUUACCAAACCCCCACCCAAUCACCUCUCUUUGUAGAAAAUAACAAUUAAAGAAAACCUUAUCAUUUCAUAAUGAACCAAACCUUUCAUAUUUUUUUUUUGGAACCCCCACUUGAUUCAAAUAUAUCUAUAUUGUCUCAAAAUUAUAAUAAUAUAAAUGAAACACAUUUAAUUAAGUGUUGGUCUAAGGUUGCAUUAGGAAUAUUUGACCUAAUAAUCACUUAUAAUUCAUUGAUGUUGAGGACCAUUAAAGUCAUUUAAGUGUUGUUUCCUUUCUCUUCUACCC